AUAUAUAUAAAUAUUAAUUUAUUAAAUGAGGGCCAUCAUUUUUAGAUUCAGUACUUAUGCAAAAUUUACAGAAAAACUAUAAAAUACAAAAUUUGCUACAAUUUACAAUUAUGAAUCUCAAAUAAAACCAGCUUUAAGUAUCUAUGAAUCUAUGGGAUUUAAUGAAUAGAUGAUUUUUAGAAUUUUCAAGAAUAGAGGUCUGUCUCUUGUAAAAGGAGAUACUCAAAAUGAUAUUGGAUAGCUGAAUGAAUUAUUAAAAAAUAGAUUAAAUGCAGAUGCAAAGUAUAUUUAUAUAAUAGUAAUUCAGAUCAAUGAGAACUAUCCUUUUCAAAGAUCCACAAAUAUUGAGCCAUCCUAUUGACAAAAUGAAUACUUAUCUUGAUCUAUUUGAAAAGUAGCUUCAAAUAAAUAAGGAAGACAUUUUAUCUAUGUUAACUACAUAUCCUUUAAUAAUGAGAAAUUUUGAAAUAAAUUAUGGAAAAUUCAGAAAUGUAUUUAAUACUUAUGCUCAUGUAAGUGAUAAAUAAUUUGGAUAAGUAUUAGUUAAUACUCCAUUUUUAUUUUCAUUUAAUCUUGAAAGAAUACCACCUAAUUUUAGAAUUAUGUAUAACAGAGAAUAUAAGAUAAAAGAAAUUCAAGAAUUAGUAAUAUUUUAUAAAUGAUAUUUUAGAUUUAAAAAACUUCAGAAUUCUUAGCACUUAAAAAUCAUGACUUAGAUAGAUUACUUAAUCAUUAUGAUGUUUUAAUUCCAAAUAAGGAAGUUUAACAUUAAUUAUUAAUAAAUAAUCAUAAACUAUUACUUUUAACACCAGCAUAUAUGUUAAGUCCAAAAAUCAAUUUAUUGAAAGAUCUUGAAUUAUCAUUAAAUUAAAUUGGAUAGAUUUUAUAGAUAUCUCCUAAUUUAUUUGUUAAGAGUGUUUAGACAUUAAAAUUGAAAUUGAAAUUCUUUGAAAAAGUUAUGAAUGUUAAAAUUAAGAAUUCCCCAUAUUUUCCAUAGAUUUUAGAGUUUGAUUAUUGGACAGUAUUACGUCCAAGGUACAAAUUUAAUUAUUAAAAAGAUUGGUAAUUUUGAACAAUCUUGAAAAUGCUAUGGAUAAUUUAAAAAUGAGUCAAGAAGAAUUUAUUAUAAAAUAUAACUGUGAAUAGAGAUAUCAAGAAUUGUUAAGUGAAGCACCAACUAAAAAGAAGAUUGACGCAGAUUUCAUGAUUAGAAAUUACCAUAGAUAUUGUCAUGAUAGAAUAUAAUUGUUAAAUUGAGCUAUAUUAUCUAAG